UAACAGUCAGAGGAAGGAAGCAGCGACAUCAAACCGUUUCCAGUCUAGUGCUCCUGUAUUUUGUAUUUUACCAACAAGCUACCGGCACAGAAACCACGGGCAGUUUUAUACACCGUUUUUAGCUUUUAUAUUUUCGCUCUGAUAACAGUCGCUACCUCCGUUUUCGUCCACUGCAAACUGGUUGACUUUGACGCAAUAUGCCUUCAGAAAAAACCUUCAAACAAAGAAGGACCUUCGAGCAGAGAGUAGAAGAUGUCAGACUGAUCCGAGAGCAGCACCCCAACAAGAUACCAGUGAUCAUUGAGAGGUAUAAAGGAGAAAAACAGCUCCCCAUCCUGGACAAGACCAAGUUCCUGGUGCCAGACCACGUCAACAUGAGUGAACUCAUCAAGAUCAUCAGGAGGCGCCUCCAGCUCAACUCCAAUCAAGCUUUCUUCCUGCUGGUCAACGGCCACAGCAUGGUGUCCGUGUCGGCCGCCAUCUCCGAGGUCUAUGAACGGGAGCGGGACCAGGAUGGCUUCCUGUACAUGGUGUAUGCCUCCCAGGAGACCUUUGGCACCGCCACGACCGCCCAGUGAGCGCACUUCCUUCCUUCUUCCACCUGGCAGGCGAUUGGACGAUAGUAGUUUUUAGCCCCCCCUCCACACCUUUAAUCUCGACUGUAAAACACAAACUGCUCAAUCUAAACACAGCGUACGAUAAUUUGCCAGGUCGUGAUCUUGUUAUUCGGACUGUUUGUGUUCCACCGCGCUCACCCGGUAGCAUAAAGCCACAGGGGUCGACCAGAGAACAGCAGAGUUUAAGUAGAGAAAUCCCCGAAAUCUGACUCAGGCCGAUAGAGUCUUUUAGUGUGUCUCUGCCUCGUUAUAUUGUCCUCUCUGGUGAAUCAUGUCCACUGUCAUGGCAGCGUACCGCCUGCAGUUAUUUUCAGUGUUGUGGUGUCUCCUCGGCUGUAUUUAUGUUAAUGUAUAUAUACAUUUCAGGUAGUGAUAUGACAUAAAAAGUGGCCCUCCACUUAUCGAUAUAUACAUUAGCCAAUGAACAAAAGCCAACCUUAAAUUUAAGGUUUUUGGAGGCAGAGAUUUGUUUUCAAUGGAGUUUUUUUUAUUGCAGUUUAUGGGGAUUUAGAGUCUCGCUGGGAGAAAAAUGCAAAGUGAAGUAGAGCUGUUAAUCGACGCGUCUCUGCUGUGUGUCUCAUCACAUUCCCUUAAUGGUCCUUCUUUGGUGUUUUGAUCCCUCCCUGCCUUGUAGCCUAAAGCGUCUUCACUGUAACGACAAUAUGUUGGGGAACUGCUUUCGCUCUUGAUGAUUGUAGAUUGCAAAAAAAAAAAAGAAAAAAUGCCUUGGUGUACAGAUAAUAUUGACUUUUGAGCUUUGAAUAUAAAAAGGGGUUCCAAUGAGAGUGUAACCAAGUUGAAUUUGGACACACUACAAGGAGCACAGUCUGAUUGCAUGUGUGAAUGGAGGAUGAGGGUGUUUGUGUAGAUGCUGAUGAGAGGAGGAGGUUGCCGUUUUUUUGUUUUUUUUAUAUCUCCUUUGAAACAAUAAUUUAUUGAAGUGAUCAAGGACUGAUGGGAAGUCAAAAAAAGAGAGUUGAUGAUGUCUGACUGUCCAUCUGUGUCCAGCCUUCGACCUGCGGGGCAGAUUUCCCAGAUCUGCCACUGUUGUUUAGUUUCACUUCACUGAAACUCAACAAGCACUUUCACUUUGGGGAACGUGCACUAAGGGCUGCACUCGAAAAAGAAGAUUUUGAAUAUCCUGUCUGUCUAUAGAUGGAUGGUCCCUCACACUGUCUGUGCUGUGCUUCUCCUCCUCCUCCUCACCAUCUUCUCAACAGACUGAGGUUUAGCUGCUUUUAUAUCGCAGUAUUUUAUCACUUUUUAUUUUACGUGAUUUUUAUUUCUAUGUACAACAUGUCUUUACUCUUCCCUGUCUACAGUAUCUGAAGGUGAUUUUUUUUUGUUGUUUUUCUGACUCGUGAAAGCCACUGUGUGUUUGUUACAGAGGGGUGGAGCGUUUGUUUCCGUGGUCUUUUCUGCCUGCUCCUUUGUUUCACACACACACAUAUCCACACACAGCAAUAUCACACAGCCUCCUCUUAUGUAUUUAUGUUGGUAUUUUGUAAACAAUAAAAGGAGAAAAAAAAGAUAA